CACGGCGUCCUCCAGCCUUGGAGAGGGGAAGCCAGUCCGAGGACCUCUCCGUGACCAGACCGGACACCUCCCACCUGUCCAGCUCCUUCCCCAGGUGGACAUGGGGCCCGGCGCCUGGCCCCUCCUGGUAUUAAACCUGCUGCUGCUGCUGGCACGGCCACUCGGGGGCCAGACGGGCACACACUGCUAUGGGAUCCCCGGGAUGCCGGGCCUGCCCGGGGCCCCCGGGAAGGAUGGGUAUGACGGACUGCCAGGGCCCAAGGGUGAACCAGGAAUCCCAGCUACCCCUGGGACCCGAGGACCCAAGGGCCAGAAGGGAGACCCCGGCACACCUGGCUAUCCUGGGAAAAACGGUCCCAUGGGGACCCCAGGGAUUCCGGGGGCUCCCGGCACCGUGGGCCCCCCCGGGGAGCCGGGUGUGGAGGGCAGGUACAAGCAGAAGCACCAGUCGGUGUUCUCGGUCACACGGCAGACUGGCCAGUUCCCGGAGGCCAACGGCCUGGUCAAGUUCAACGAGGUCAUCACCAACCCGCAGGGGCACUUUGACAAGGACACGGGCAAAUUCACCUGCCAAGUCCCGGGCUUCUACUACUUCGUCUUCCACACGUCGCACACGUCAAACCUGUGCGUGCUGCUCUACCGCAGCGGCUUCAAGGUGGCCACCUUCUGCGACCACAUGACCAGCAGCAAGCAGGUCAGCUCGGGCGGCGUGCUGCUGCGGCUGCAGGAAGGCCAGCAGGUGUGGCUGGCGGUCAACGACUACAACGGCAUGGUGGGCACAGAAGGCUCUGACAGCGUCUUCUCCGGCUUCCUGCUCUUCCCUGACUAGGGUGGGCACGUCUGCGCUGGGCCCCCGGGGGCCGCCCCGUCUCCCGCAGCUUCCCCGCUGUGCAGCAUCGAUGCUCAGGCCCCUCUUGCCACCGAUGGACGCCGCCUCCUCCAGGAAGCCCACCCUACCCUCCUGCCCUGAGUUCUCUCCCUCCUCCUCUGGUUAGUGCUCUCCAAGUCUGGGAAGAGGCAGGAGGCACAUAAAUAAAUAACUAAAUCAACAGCUA